AUGGCAGAUCACGACGACCUGGUGGUGCAGUUCUGCGAGCUAACUGGAGCCAGUGCAGACAGGGCUACUCAAUACCUCACGGCUAGCAAAUGGGACAUCUCUUCGGCCGUUGCCUCGUUCUUCGCCGAUGACGAGGAAGAAGCCGAAGAACCAGCUGCUGGCUCGUCCUCCCAGGCCACCGCCCCCCAAGAUUACACUGGCCCCCGAACCCUCGACGGCCGUCCAGCCCCAAAGUCCGCUGUCCAGCCCUCCGGUUCCUCUAAGAAGCCCGUCAAGAAGAAGGGUCUGGCCACCCUGGGCUCCCUGCGUAGUGGUUCUGGCCAUGAUCACGAUGAAGAUGAUGACGACGACGACAACGAUGAUGAUUCGGAUCGCAAGGGCCCCCGCGACUUGUUUGCUGGUGGUGAGAAGUCUGGUCUGGCUGUUCAAGAUCCCGCGCGCCACAGUGCCGAUCCUGAGCGCGUCAUCAAGGAUAUUCUAGCCAAGGCAAAGGCCAAUGCCAAGCGCGCGACCAGCGAGGAGGAAACCCCCGGUCCAUCUCGUUCUUCCAACUUCCGCGGCGGAGGUGUCACAGUCGGUGGCGAGGGUACUGAAUCUCGUCGUAUCCCCGAUCCUCGCGGGCCCCCAGCGCGGGAGGAGCUUCCUACCGUGACACGAACCCUUCAUCUUUGGCGCGAUGGUUUCUCUAUUGAGGAUGGCCCUCUGCGCCGCUAUUCGGAUCCUGAGCACGCCAUGGACCUCCAGAUGAUCCGAUCUGGCCGAGCCCCGCUUCACCUCAUGGAUGUUGAGCACGGUCAGCGGUGCGAUGUGAGGCUGCAGCAACACGAGGAGGACUGGCAUCAGCUGCCACGGAUCUACCGACCCUUCGCAGGCCAGGGGCGACGACUGGGAAGCCCCGUACCUGGUGCUGGUAGUGGCCCAUCGACACCUGCGGAGGCUGCCCCCGCCCCCAGCGUUGCGACGGCCCCUGCUGCACCUGCAGCCCCGUCCAACGUCGACAACAGCCAGCCUACCGUUGCUAUUCGCUUCCAGCUGCCCGACGGGUCCCGUCUUCCCGCCCGAUUCAACCUCAGCAACACCAUCGACGAUCUUUACCAGUUUGCUAGCAACACAUCACCUGAGAUGAGGUCUCGUAGCUUCAUCAUCCAGUCGACCUUCCCAAGCAAGGACCAUAUCGAUCGGGAACAGAAGCUGGAGGACAUUGAUGCCUUCAAGAGGGGCGGAAUUGCCGUCGUGAAGUGGGCCUAA